GUACGAUUGUCAGGCCUCGUUGCCCACUACAACAAGGCACGCUAAUCAGCCGGAAAUGGAAAAAUAUAUAUAAACACCCCUUGUAUGUAAAUGUUUUAUCUAAAGGCAAUGAAAGAAUUUACUCGAAUUUAGUUCGUCUUUUACAAAAUUUCAGUUCCUGAUUCUUACUAUUUCCAUGGAGGUCACUGAACAGUUAGUUGCUCAGCAAUAUAACAGUGAUAAAGAGGAAUCUGCUGAAGUGAGUUUUAUUAGGUCAAGGAAGUCAACUAAAAUAGCUAUGGAGAAAUUAAAGGGAAUUAAUCAGCAAUUGGAUGAAUGGGAUGAAGAAGACAGAAAUAUAGGUAGAAAAAGAAGGGGUAAAAAUGAGAAAAUUGGGAGUAAGAAAAAGUGUAAAAGCCAGAAGCUUGACGGAGAAGAAAUAGUUGAAGCAGGAUCAGAUUCUGGAAGAUAUUCUGUGCGACAAAUGAAAUCAAAUCCCCGAAACAGAAAGAGGAAGGAUGAAAAUGGGAAUGAGUUUGAAUCAAAUAUGUGUCAUCAGUGCCAGAGGAAUGACAAAGGAAGGGUUGUUCGUUGCACCAACUGUAGAAUGAAGCGAUAUUGUGUUCCUUGCAUGACCAGAUGGUACCCUGGGAUGCCUGAGGAGGCUUUUGUCGAGUCUUGUCCUGUUUGUUGUCAAAUCUGUAAUUGCAAAGCAUGCUUACGCCUAGACGGGCCUAUAAGGGCUUUGAAGAACUUACGAUUUGAGAUCAGUGAAGAAGAAAAGGUUCAAUAUUCUAAAUUUAUCUUGCAAAAACUUUUGCCUCUCUUGAGAAGAAUCAAUGCAGAGCAAGUGAUGGAGAUGGAGAUUGAAGCUAAGAUUCAAGGAUUACCAGUGUCAAAUGUAAAGCUGCAGAAGGAAAAGUGUCAUAGGAAUGAGCGAGUGUACUGCGAUAACUGCCAAACAUCCAUUGUUGAUUUUCACAGAAAUUGUUCCAGCUGUUCGUAUGAUCUUUGCCUUACUUGUUGCCGGGAGCUUAGAGAUGGUCAUCUUAAGGGAGGUGAAGAAGUCAUCAUUGAAUUCAAAGACAAAGGUGAUGCUUAUUUGCAUGGUGAUAUGAUAGCUAAUAAUAGAACUUCAAGGAGUAGAUUUUCCCAGAACAAGAAGAUUGACAAUAAUCCCGUGGGAGAUGCCAAGUUUGCAUAUGAAAUGGAGCCUAGGGAUAAUGGAGGGCUUCCGCCAGAGAAUUCUGGUGGUCGUGCUGGUGAAUGGAAAUCCAAUGUAGAUGGCAGCAUCCCUUGUCCACCAGAGAAUUUUGGUGGCUGUGGUAAGGGAAGUUUAGAGCUGAAGUGCCUGCUGUCAAAUUCAAAGAAUCCGGUCUCUGAGUUGUUGGCAAAGGCUGAAUAUAUUGCCAAAAGAUGUGAACUGGAACACAUGCCUCAAAUACCUCAGAGGUCAUGCUUAUGUAUAAAAUUAGUUGAUGAAACUGAUGUGCAGAAAAGUAAAUUGCGUAAAGCAGCAUCACGUGACGAUUCAGAUGACAAUUAUUUAUACUGUCCAGCAGCUAAAGAUCUUCAGCAGGAGGAUCUGAAGCAUUUCCAGUGUCAUUGGCUGAAAGGUGAGCCUGUGAUUGUUAGUAAUGUGCAUGAAACUGCGUCAGGGUUAAGUUGGGAGCCCAUGGUUAUGUGGAGAGCGUGUCGCCAGAUGAAGAACUUAAGACAUCCCAUUCUUUUGGAUGUCAGCGCCAUCAACUCAUUGGAUUGGUGUGAGUUGGAGAUAAAUAUUCACCAGUUUUUCAAAGGGUACAUGGAGGGUCGCUUUGACAGUUAUGGGUGGCCUCAACUCUUAAAGUUGAAUGACUGGCCACCAUCAGGUCUAUUUGAUGAGCGGCUGCCCCGUCAUGGUGCAGAAUUUUGUAGCUGUUUACCUUUUAAGGAGUAUACACAUCCUCAACAUGGCUAUCUCAAUCUAGCUCUAAAACUUCCUGAUAAUUGUUUGAAGCCAGAUUUGGGGCCUAAGGCAUACAUUGCUUAUGGUUUUCCGAAGGAGCUUGGACGUGGAGACUCAGUCACCAAGCUGCAUUACUAUGUGUCUGAUACGGUGUUUUUGUUGAUGCACACUCAAGCUGCCGUCCCAACAGCUGAUCAGCUCUCGGCCAUAGAGAACCUGAAACAGAAGCACAAAGCGCAGGAUGAGAAGGAAUUUGCAACUGAUGUUUGCAGGACUCAUGGGAGGAUUAAGGAUUGGGUCCCUAGUGUAAAUGGAAAAACUUUCUUGAAUGAGCUGAGCGUUUCUCAGGAGAAGCAGAACUGUGAUGGUUUGGAAGUGGAGAAAAGUAAUAAAGCUGAGAAAAAGAAGUAUAGCCAGCAAGGUGUGGAAGCAGAUUGUGAAACAAAUGGAGAGGCAGACCAAUUUCAAAAUAGAGAAGACGCAGACGGUGGUGCUCUAUGGGAUGUCUUUAGGAGGAAAGAUAUUCCUGAACUGGAGGAAUAUCUCAGGAAGCACUUUAGGGAAUUUCGGCACAUAUAUGGCUCACCAUUGCUGCAGGUUGCUCACCCCAUUCAUGAUGAAACUUUCUACUUGAGCACAGAGCAUAAAAGGAGACUAAAGGAAGAAUACGGCAUUGAACCAUGGACUUUUGUUCAAAAAUUAGGUGAAGCUGUUUUUAUUCCUGCUGGAUGCCCUCAUCAAAUCAGAAAUUUAAAGUCCUGCAUCAAUGUUGCUGUUGAUUUUGUUUCACCUGAAAAUGUGAAUGAGUGCAUCCGUUUGACCGAGGAGUUUCGCCAGCUUCCCAGAAAUCAUGUUGCUAGAGAAGAUAAGUUGGAGGUAAAGAAUAUAAUUGUUCGUGCAGUGAGCCAAGCAGUGGAUCAUUUGGAGAAAACAACAUUAAGGCACACGGAAUCAGGCAUUGUUACCGGAUCAUCCUCAUCAAUUCUGAUCAGCGAACGUAUAAAUGAUAUGCCAACACCAAGUAUGCGAAAAUCUUCCCCCGUUUUGGAAGAUCUAUCUGGCAAGAGUGCCAAAAGAGAAGAAUAUGUUGCUCCAACUGAGGAUGAGAAACCAAGAACUGCUAAAGUUAAUCUAUAUUCUCCACUUACAAAUUCUGUUCAUUUGUCUUCAGCAAGCAAGGCUCAAGAAAGCAUAUUUGUUCCUAGUCAAAAGUUAGAGCAGUCCAAUUUAGAGGAUGUGGAAUUCCACUCAGUUCAAUCAUUCACGAAGUCUUUGCCAGAGCAGUAUUCGAGCACACAAUCAGGCCAAUCUUCCUCCAUUUUGGAAGAUCUUUAUAGUGGAAAGACUACCAAAACAAAACAAUAUGUUGUUCCAACUGAGGAUGAGAAACCAAGAACUGUUAAAGUUGAUCUAUAUUCUCCACUUCCAGAUUUUGUUGAUUUUUCUUCAGCAAACAAGGUUCCCAAAAGAGAGGAAUAUGUUGCUCUAAAUGAGGAUGAGAAGCCAAGAACUGCUGAAGUUAAUCUACAUUCUCCACAUCCAGAUUUUGUUCGUUUAUCUUCAGCACACAAGGUUCCCAAAAGAGAAGAAUAUGUUGCUCCAAGUGAGAAUGAGAAACCAAGAACUGCUAAAUUUACUCCACUUCCUGAUCUUGUUCAUUUGUCUUCAGCAGACAAGGCUCAAGAAAGCACAUCCGUUCCUUGUCAAAAGUUAAAGCAGUCCAAUUCGGAAGAGGUGGAAUUCCAAUCGGCUCAGUCAUUCUCGAAGUCUUUGCCAGAGCAGUAUUCCGGCGCAGAAUCAGGUCUCUGGAGCAACAAUGAUUCAACCCGAAUGCUCAAAAAAUUAAUAUUUGAUUGCUCAAUCAGACUGUCUUUAGAGGCAUUGGCUGACCCAGUGAACGAAGAAGAAAUGUAUGGUGCAAUUGCUGCUUUAAAUGAAGAUCCCUCAUCGUUUAGUGAUGAACAUGCCAAGCAAUUGGUAAAACUUAAGAAUGAAUUCCCUAUCAUGGUUAAGAAAUGGAGGAACUUGGCACAAGCUGAAUCAAGUUACCAGGAAUUCUUGACCAACUUUGAAGAGGAUAGGAAAAAACUGGAUGAUUGGAAUAGAUUAGAAGCAAAGUUGAUGGCGGAGUAUGUGAAAAAGGAGGAGCAAGCUAGAGAAUUGGAAGCAGCGCUUCAAACUAUAAAGACCAGGCAGAAACAAAUCAUGGACGAAAGACUAGAAGCCACCCGAGAGGCUCAACGCAUUGUCUUGUUAGCUCAAGAAAAAGUCAGGAAGAUCGAUAGCACCAAAAGUAAAUUGGCAACAACAAAGAUGGAAAUGGAUAGCUUGAUAAAAAAUUGGUCCAGUUUCCAGUCUUCAUUCCCUUAGUUAUUACUUUCAGUUCCUUCUAUAGUCACAAUUAUAUUGUAGACUUCCUCUCGACUUUAUGCCUUCAGAUAGGCCUCUUUUGGUUCCUAGGACUAAAUAUGUUUUGGAAGCUGAAGUUAUUGUCCAUAUGUACAUAAUAUACAUGUAGCUGCUGCGGCAGAUUUUGACUUUGACUUUGGCUUGCUGUUGGAUUACUCUCUUACAUGUACAUAAGAGAGUGAUUCAUUACAAGGAUCAACAUCAAAA